GUCGCAUGUAAUUCCAAUCUUUAACCCUUUAUUCAAGCCAAUCUUAUCACAUCACCAUUUUUGCAUAAAAUCGAAAAAUUAUGGUAGUUUUCGAACUACUGCAGUCUUAUUCCACACGGUAAAGACUUCUAUCAAAAGCCGCCCUUGGAUCAUCAAACACAAUUUGAUUUGUUUGGAGAUCAAAUUAGAAGAUCGAUUUUUGCAAAGUGACUUACCCCAAAGAUUGAAACCCUGUUUACUUAAUAAUACAAAAUUGUUGCAGGAAUUUAGCCAACUAUAUCAAAUGACGUCGCUGCCAUGUUCACGAGUACUUCAGGUGAACCGAUUAGCGUCACAGCUCGUAACGCCGGCAAAGCCAACACCUCAUGAAACAAAACUGCUAUCAGAUAUUGACGACCAGGAAGGCCUUAGGUUUCAAACUCCAGUUCUAAUGUCCUACAAAAAUAAUCCUCUUAUACCGAAAGAUCGAACCGAUCCCGUUAAGGUGCUUAAAGAAGCACUGAGUAAAGCAUUGGUGUUUUACUACCCUCUAGCUGGCAGGCUCAGGGAAGGACCUAACAGAAAGCUUAUGGUGGAGUGCACUGGAGAAGGUGUGUUGUUCAUAGAGGCUGAUGCUGAUGUAACGCUUGAGCAACUCGGGGAUGCACUUGUACCCCCGUGUCCAUUCUUAGAGGAGUUCCUAUGUGAUGCGCCAGGAUCUGAUGGUAUUCUCGGUUGCCCCUUGCUGUUAGUUCAGGUGACCCGUCUGAAAUGUGGAGGUUUCAUAUUUGCAUUGCGCAUAAACCACACGAUGUGUGAUGGAUUUGGGAUGGUCCAGUUCUUGAACGGAGUCGGGGAAAUGGCUCAUGGUGCACAUACACCAUCUAUUCCGCCUGUGUGGCAGCGUGAGCUCUUUGACGCUCGAAAUCCUCUACGAAUUACAUGUACACAUCAUGAAUACGAGGAAGCGAUUGAUUCUGAUGAGGGCUUGUUUGCGGUUAGAGACCAACAAAACAUGGUCCAAAAGUCUUUCUAUUUUGGUGCCGAGGAGUUGAACGCCAUUCGGAAACAUCUUCCAGCACACCAUUCUCCUUCCUCCACAUUUGACUUGAUAACAGCUUGCUUGUGGAAAUGUCGAACUCUAGCCCUUGAGAUGAAUCAGAAAGAGGUUGUGUAUAUUUCGUGUAUAUCUACUGCACGAAAUGCGCGUCUUCCAUUGGGAUACUAUGGCAAUGCAUUUGCACUCCCAUCCGAAGUUUCAACGGUCGAAAGCUUAUGUAAAAAUCCGAUAGGAUAUGCGUUGGAGUUGGUCAAGAAGGGGAAAGCUAAAAUGAGUGACGAGUACAUAAAAUCAGUGGCGGACCUUAUGGUAAUGAGAGGACGACCUGACUUUUCUUCGACAAGGAACUUUGUGGUUGGUGACACAACGCGUGCUGGUUUUGGUGAGGUUGAUUUCGGAUGGGGGAAGCCGGUGUUUGCUGGACCGGCCAAGUGCGUUAAUAUGAUAAACUUGUAUGUUCGGCACAAAAACAAAGAAGAAAAUGGGAUUCUGGUACUAACAUGCUUGCCGCUAUCGGCGGUGGAGAGGUUUCAGCAGGAGCUUAAGAGGAUGACUGUGGAACCGGUUGAGGAUAACACUAAACCUGUUAGGAUUAAGUCAACACUGUGAUAAGUUGCUAAGGUUUUAGAUAUUUUAGUUCUGAAAUUUUUCCAUCCAACUUGUUACCUUUCUUUUUCUCGUAUUUUCUUUUUCAAGAGGGUAAGUAAGUGUAUGUCCCGAAAAAGAAGGGUAAAUAAGUGUAUGUUCCCCUCUUUUCUUGCAAGGGAUACGGUUUGUAUCUCCCUUGACUAAGUGUACCCCCUUUUUCUUAUAUUUUGAUUUUCUUGCUUUAUGAGAGAUACUGUUAUGGUUUAUAUCUCCUGAAUAAGUGUAAUUUUUUUUUAUAUCAAUAAAUUUCUCUCGUAUCA